UGUCAAUUCAGGAAACGAUACCAAGUCUUCAUUUUGUUGUUAAGUUAGGUGUUUGUUUUAUUGUAGUCGUCUAAAAUGGGUGACUUUACCAAUCAAGACUAUUAUUGGAACAACCAAGGCGAAACCCCUGUCCAACAGCAGAGUUUCUACGAGCAAGACUACAAUCAGUUUACCAAUCAGCAGCUUGAGUUUAAUUCGCAAGAGUACACUAAUCAGACAUUCACACAGUACCCCUCGUCUUUCUACAAUCCCAAUGACUAUGAAUUACCCAAAGAAACCGAUGAUGAGCUCGAAGAACCAACAUUGCUAGAAGAGCUUGAAAUUUAUCCAGAUCGUAUUCUAGAGAAGGUUUUAGCCGUUUUAAAUCCGCUUAGGGGUCAUAGUUUAGCCGAUGAUGUGGAGUAUUUAACAAAAGACUCUGACUUGGCAGGUCCCAUAUUUUUCGGGUUGGCUCUAGCUUUGUUGCUUUUGCUAGCUGGGAAACAGAGUUUUAGUCAUAUCUAUGGUUUUUCUAUGAUAUCAUGCAUUUUCAUGUACUUUUUACUGUCUCUAAUGACCACUGCCGAAGGAGUAUUUACAUUUACCACCGUGGCCUCUAUCUUGGGCUAUUGUCUGAUCCCGAUCGUCAUUUUGUCUUUGUUCGGAGUGUUUUUGAUACUUUCUGGACCUAUCGGAAUUAUUUUUGCGUCCAUAACUAUUAUUUGGUCUAGUUUUUCUGCAUCAAGAUUAUUUAUAGCUGUGUCCGGGGACAAGCAGCAACAGCCGGUGAUAAUGUACCCAUCGGCAAUGGUUUAUAGUGUUUUUGUAUUGUUGGUUCUUUUUUGAAGCUGGGAUGUAAGUGUAAAUAAAAAGUAAUUUGCAUUCUUAUAAGAUCAAUUAUUUUAUUUGUUUACUUAUAAUCCUGUAGUGCUUAAGAAAUAAACAAUAUAUUUGUAUGAUACUGAAGCUUUGUUCAACAGUUUAAAUAA